AUGGAUAAGCAAUUCUCAUCGAGUUAUGAUUCAAUAUCGUCAAUUAAAGAUCUUAUCAAUUCAAAUCAAUUUAGUAUAUUAAAAGAAAAAGUUUAUAGAAAUUGUAGAUAUUUACAAUUCGAUUCACAUCAAUUUUCUAAUAGUUGUACUUUAGAUGUAGAUGAUUUAGUGAAACUAUUUUCAACAAUUAUUCAUGACGAUUAUAGAUUCUAUAGAAACUUUUUUAAUAUAGAGAAUGAUUAUUACAAUUCAUCACAAGAUGUAGUUGAUUUUAAAUAUUUCUGUUCAAGAUGUAGUUGCCAAAUAAAUCAAGAAAAUAAUUUUUUCAAAGGGUUAUUAUGUUAUUUAAAUUACAUUGCUCAUGAUCAUAAUUAUGAUAGAAAUCAAUAUUAUCAAUUAUUAAUUAAUUGCACUACAAAAGGAGAAUAUUCGAAAUUCUAUCACAUUAAUGAAAAAUCAACAUUAAAAGCAUUAGUCAACACUGCAAUAUUGAUUUUAAAAUUAAAAACACCACCAAAAGAAGAAGAAGAAAAACCAAUUGUAACAAUUGAAGAAAUUGAUAAUUUCACAAAGAAAAUUAAUAAAGUUAAUUUAAAAUCAUUAUUAAAUGAUCCAAUAAAUUUCAAUAAUAAUGAAGAAAUUAAAAAUUUUAUAAAGAAACUGUUAAAAUUAAAUCAUUCAAUAUUUGGUCAUGAAAUAUCAAAUUUUUUAUAUUUCUGUUAUUAUCAUGAAGAAUCCAAUGAUGGUCAUUAUAAAACUAUAUAUCCUUCUUGUGAUUUACUUGAAAUUACGGUUAGAUUAGGAAUUUAUGAAAUUUUAGAAUCAUAUGAAACAAAUGGAUAUAAACAGGGUUUUCAAAAUUUAUUACCAAAUAUUAUUCAAUUUAAUAAUGGUAAAACAACUGAUGAAGAAUUUAAAAUUUUAUUUUCACAUUGUUUUAAUAAAGAGAAAAAGAUUAAAUUCAUUGAUGAAAUAGUUAAAAGAAUAAUUAAACAACCUGACCUUGAAUUUCAGAGUUGUUGUUGUUAUUAUUUCUUGUGUAUGCUUGUAAUUCAUAAUGAUACGGAGUUGGUGAAAUAUUAUUCAAAUAAAGUUGGUAAUCAUCUACAAAUAACUUUAGACAAAUUAUUACUUCCACCAACCUAUUAUAUCGAAUCAAUAGAGGUGUUAGAAUUUUUAUUUUACAAUCAAUCUAAUUACUUUAAAGAUAUUGUUUAUGAUAAUUACAUCAGUACAUUUUAUAAAAAUUUAGAAUUAUUAAAACAUUUUGAAUCAUUAUUUUAUAAAUCAAAAUCAGUAAAUCCGUCAAGUUGUAGAAAUAGUGGUGGUGGUGGUAGUAGUCUUAUUAGCUUUAUAGUUUAUGGAUACUUUGGAGAUCGAAUAAAUUAUUUGGAAUUUAAAUAA